AUGGCGACAGAAACAAAGCAUUUGUUGGUAGGAGCCAUCGACAUCGGCACUACACACUCCGGAUGGGCUUUCUCAUUCGUAAACGAUUUUGAACGUGAUCCAACUAAGGUCAGGAUAAAGAAUUGGGUUUCUGGUUCUAACUUGAUUUCGAAUAAGACACCAACAUGUUUACUGAUCAAACCAGACAGGAAGACUUUGGAUACGUUUGGAUCCGACGCAGAAACUAAGUACAGUGAACUGACAGAAGAUGGUGAACAGAAUAAUUACUACUACUUCAAAAGAUUCAAAACGAAGUUGGACAAGAAACUUGAGGAGAAAAGUACACUAGACUGGAGCACUACACUUGAGGAUGAAAUGGGACGUUCUUUACCCGCUCUUGAUGUCUAUUCGAUGUGUAUCAAGUAUUUAGCUGAUGACAUGGUAUAUGAAUUAAAUAGAAGAUUUACUGGUAUCUGCAGUGACCGAGAUAUAUACUGGGUGUUGACAGUACCAGCGGCAUGGCCUGAGGGAGCCAAGCAUUUCAUGCGGGAAGCAGCAUUAAAGGCAGGGUGUGGCAGAAAUAAGCUUACCAUAGCUCUUGAAUCUGAAGCAGUCUCGACCUAUUGCAAACAUCUGUCAGAUGAACAAACUGUUUACAAGACUAAUGGUUCGUUGUCACAGUUAAAAGCUGGCACGAAGUAUAUGAUUCUUGACGCUGGAGGUGUUACCGUCGAUGUAUCUGUACAUGAAGUUGGUGAAGCAGGCAUUGUGAAACAAGUUUCUGUAGUGAAUGGAGUUUGUAUUGGAGGAAUUAUAGUUGAUAAUGCUUUUAAAGAUAUGCUGAUAGAAGUAUUUGGCAAGACAGUUUAUGACCAACUCCAAAAUGAGAAUGCAGGAGAUUUUCUGGAUUUAUCGAGGGAUUUCGAAGCCAAAAAACGCAACCCAUACUCACGUGCUACAAUAAAAUUGCCAACGUUUUUAGCGGAUGAAUUCAGAUCUUUCACGGGCAAAAGUAUUUCCGAUGCAUUUGCAAGUUCCAGCUUUCGAGAUUUAACCGAGGUAUAUAUCGAUAAAGUGAAGUUCCACGAUUUACAAUCAUUCUUUGAUGCGUCGGUUACUUCGAUAAUUAGAUUUGUAAAAAGAAUAUUACACCAAGAGAAAGUCGAAGCUAUCCUAAUGGUUGGUGGCUAUUCGAAUUCUCCAGUACUUCAGAAAGCAGUUAGAACAUCCCUUCCUGACAUCAAGUUAGUCGUUCCCGACGACGCAUCAUCUGCAGUACUUAAAGGUGCGGUAAUAAUUGGCCAUAGUCCGAAGUCUAUCAGGGAACGUGUCCCUAGAUAUGUACUUACAACCAUGUCACAUAAAGACGAGGAGAAUAUAAGCAUUUCAAAGCCUGGCAAGACGACAAUCAGAAAGAAAUUCUCAAGAUCACAAGUCGGUGGUUCCGACUAUGUACACGAUAUCUCUUGUACAUCCUGUUCUGAGGACGACAAGAAUGCUGAAGCCGAGUACCAUUGUACAAAUUGUCGCACUUAUUUCUGUGCGAUGUGUGUGUCUUAUCAUAACAGAGUCUUCAAAACACACACACUUCUUGACAAGAAUGCGCUAGGAUUCGAUCAAGGCCAACAAUCGCCAUCUGCAUCGGAAUCUUCUACUUUGAAAGAAGUGUGCAAAAUACAUGCAGGUGAAGUUGUUAAGAUGUACUGCAAACCACAUGACGCAUUGUGUUGUACCGUGUGUGUAGUUGUUGACCACAGACUGUGCAAUGGGGUACAUUAUAUACCUGAAAUCGCCAGACGACUGUUGAAGCCAAACGAGGAACGUAGCACGGUAGCAUCUCUGAGACAAGUAAAAACAAACCUAGAAGGCCUGAAGUUAAAACGAGAGGGCGAUUUUUCACAGGCAGAGAAACGACUAGACGGCAUCGUGACUGAAGUCAAAAACAUGAAGACACGCAUUGUACAAAGAACUGAAACACUAGAGAAGGCGUCUAUUUACAAAGCUCAACAACUGCACAAAAGCAUUGCAGAUAGUAUCAGUAGUGAUAUAAAGUCCCUUGAAAAUAUGCUGGAAGGAAUCGACAAAGAAUUGAGCAGCAUGGAAAAACGCAAAAGUGAUGACGAAGCACAAUUGUUUGUGCAAAUAAAGCAGGCCGAACAAGAGUGUUCGAAAGGUAAUGAAUGCAUGAAAAGCAUUCAGGCUAGAAAUGAUAAGCAAUUAAAUUUUCAAAUUGAUAAGGAGAUUGAGUCAACCUUGGCCACUAAAUUUGACUUUUGGAUGUAAAAGUAUCCAUUUGCAUUAUCAGUUUGUACACCACCUUUUUGUAUAAUUCAGUUACGGAUCAACUGGUAUUUUCUGUCACGCCCCCUUCCCUCCCAAACAAGGUAUAAAUAUUUUUGUUUUUACACUUUCAACAAACUGUGUUCUUGGUAAUGCUUUUGCCAAUUUUUAUCCGAACAAAAAGGGGAUGCUUUCUAGAAGGGUUUUCGUGUACAUAUACAUGUACCUAAACUGUCCAUUGCAUAAUUCAAACAAGACAUCAUAUCAAAUUUUCAGAUAUGUCUUUUAAUGUUACUCAAUCCCAUUGGACGGAGGGAGAAGGGUUUGUUAUUUCACUCACUGUCUAUCGGUCAAAUACGUCGACCGAUCGGUUGUUAGACCGGUGUGUUUCCGAUAAUUAACUAGAAAAUGUUUUGGAACACAGUAGUCAAACUUCAUAAAAUGAUUGCCUGUGGACGGUAUAUGACCCAUAUCUGUUUUUGGGAUCAGGUAGUCUAACGGGAGGGUCACAGUAACAUUGAGACUGUUUCCGCUGACCAACUUUGUAUAUUUUCGUGAAGACAUGAAGUCGUUAGACACCUUAACCCCUGUACCACCGGCCCCAUUUGGUUUCCGAUUAAGAAUGGAAACAUGGAAACAUAUCUUUAAAUGUUUUUUUUUAUUUUCGCAAAAUACUGCAUGAAAGGCUAUUCAUUCAGUGUUGUCAUGUUGCUUCAAGAAGAAUAUAUUUUCAAACAAACCAAUAGCAAAUAGAACGUCUCUCGUACUUUUUUAUCAUGUUAGUUCAGUCGUCACUAAAUAACUGCAGUCGACUUCUGAGCGUUUUCAAUGUUUUUUUCACUGAAAAAUCAACAUUAUUUUAAAACUCCGUCAUUUCCUAUAUUGUUUUCAUAUUUAUUCAGACAAAAACAACAAUUUAUUUCAUCUGUUAUUAUGAGUGUAGAUAGUAAAAGAUAAUUUGUUUUGUAGCAAGAAAUAUGCAUUCGUUCUUUUGCGGACCAGUUACGAAGUAUCUCCGCUUUAGUACUGGUGCAUAAUGUAUUGACAUACUAGUAUAUACUGUAUUAAGGACAAUGGCCAAAAAAAUUUGAAUUAACAUUGACACCAAGAGACAUGGUCUAACAUAUUACAUGAACAAUGAUAAAGUUUAAGGUAUCCGAUCCAAAAAUAGAUAACAUUUCGAUGCCCGGUGGCCCCAUGUUUUUUG